CCGACCGCGAUCGCGACUACAUCCUUCCCCACUUCACCCAUUCCGAUCGCGAAGAUGACGAAGAAACGCAGAAGAUAUCCAGAUUUAAACCAGAAGCUCGAGCGACCAUGGUGUUACUACUGCGAGCGCGACUUCGACGACCUUAAGAUUCUCAUCUCUCACCAAAAGGCCAAACAUUUCAAAUGCGACCGCUGUGGAAGACGGUUAAAUACCGCUGGAGGUCUCUCCGUGCAUAUGAACCAAGUCCACAAGGAGACGCUCACCCACGUUGAGAAUGCCAACCCCGGACGUCAAGGUCUCGAUCUCGAGAUCUUCGGUAUGGAAGGUGUACCCGCCGAGAUAAUAGAUCAACACAACCAGCAAGUCACACAGGCACAUUUCGCUGAAGAGCAAGAACGCGCGCGAAUCACCGGAAAUCCUAUGCGCGGAGCGUACGUCAAUGGACAAGCAGCACCAAACAAGAGGCCGAAGAUCAAUGAGAGUCUAGAGGAGAUUGAGGAGAGGGCAGCCAAGUUCCGAGAGGAUCGAAAGAACGGCGUUCUACCUGCGCCGGUGGAGCCUGUGCAGAACGCUACGCCCCCAGUUGCCCAAAGCCCGUACGGCGUGCCACCUCCUGGCGCGCCUGUGGCUUUUCCACCUAGUGCGUCCGCAUACCCCCCACAAGGCGUCCCGCAACCCUUCUCACCUGCCAACGGCGCUAUACCCGCACGCCCUGGCAGCAUACCAGGCCAGCCUGGCGCGUUACCUCCUCGGCCUGGUUUCGGUGCUCCACCGCCUGGUGCCUAUCCACCAGGUCAGAACGGCGACAUCUCGAACUCUGUCGACGAUCUGAUCAACGAGGUGACAAAAGAGGCUGCGCCCAAGGAAGAGAAGAAGAGCAAAAAGGACAAGAACCAGCGACUCAUUUUCUUUGCGGAGACGACAAGUCCGGAGGAGAAGAUGGCUGCUUUGCCGAGGUUUGCGGAGUUUAUGCGGACAUGAUGAAAUCAGGGGUAGUUUGCUGUGUAAACCGAGAGAAAGCCAAGUCGCGAUUACGCAUGUUGGCAGUUAUGCUACAGAGCCUUGAGGCUGGCGCAAGGGCAAGAGCCCACGGAUGCCGCACGACGCAGGACGGACCGCAUCAACCAAGGCGCUGGGGCGCGGAAAAGAGUGGCUUUGCAUAUAGUAUCUAUCUAAGAGCGAUCAACUCACGAAACGAGCAAGACCAAGCCCACGUCUGGAUUCACCAAGGAUGAGUAUGAUGAUAGCUCAUUGACAUUGAAUAGCACAGCACAAUGAAGCAAACAAGCUUGGAAAAUAAGGGUAUCUUGCAAAUCAACGCAUCAAGUAAUUAUACAGCAAUCCAGUCGUGCAGCCUAACCAAACCCUACCACGUUUUAUUGGUCGUAAAAGCCCAAUU